CGCCCCUCCCUGCGCUCGGAGACUUAGCCACGCGCCCGCGCUGGCCUCCGCUGUCUUCCCCAGAGCUGCUGCCCCUGCUCUCCUCGCCGAGAUGCCACCCCCCAGCCUGGAGAUGGUGAGCGGCCAGGUUCUCCCGGCCUUCCUGCUCUGCAGCACGCUGCUGGUCAUCAAGAUGUACGUAGUGGCCAUCAUCACGGGCCAAGUGAGGCUUCGGAAGAAGGCUUUUGCCAACCCCGAGGAUGCUCAGAGACACGGAGGCCUCCAGUACUGCCGGAGCGACCCAGACGUGGAACGCUGCCUUAGGGCCCAUCGGAAUGACAUGGAGACCAUUUACCCCUUCCUGUUCCUGGGCCUCGUCUACUCCUUCCUGGGGCCUGACCCCUUCGUCGCCUGGAUGCACUUCCUGAUCUUCUUCCUGGGCCGCAUGGUACACACCAUAGCCUACCUGGGGAAGCUGCGGGCACCCACCCGCUCCCUGGCCUACACCCUGGCCCAGCUCCCCUGCGCCUCCAUGGCCCUGCAGAUCGUCUGGGAGGCAGCCCGCCACCUGUGACCAGCCACUGACGCCUCCUCGGCCACCAGACCACUGGCCACAAGCCAGUGAGAUCAUGGGCCUGGAUUCCUGGCAACCUGGGAUCCCGGGCUCAGUGGGCCUGUGUGUGUGCCCAUGUGCCGCCCGGAUUCCUGGGUGAAGGGGCUGAUCGGUACUGUUAAGAGAUUGGUACUUGUCACCAUUGAUCAAAAAAAUCCUUCCAUUUCAAUAAGAGCAUGAAAACCAUCACUCCCUCCUCCGUCCUAAGACGGGGAAGCAUGAGUGGAGACUCAAUUCAGGUUCUGAGCCUAGUGACCCUCCGAAUCCAGGGCUGUAAUAAACCAGGACCUUUCAGAUCCAGAGGUUGUGGUCCAGCUGGUCUAGAGGGGGAGCCUGAGCGUCUGUGUUUUUUAAAAGUCCCCUGUGAGGAGUUCCCUCUGUGGCUCAGCGGGUUAAGAACCUGACAGAAUGUCCUUGAGGAUUCAGGUGCCAUUUUUGGCCCUGCCCAGUGGGUUAAGGAUCUGGCGUUGCCAUGGCUGUGGCAUAGGUCGCAGGUGUGGCUCAUAUUGGACCUUUGGCCCAGGAACUUCCAAAUGCUGCAGGUGUGACCAUAACAAAUUUGAAAAUAAAAUAAAAAUAAGG